AUGUCAAUAGGCCGCGCUUCUCACAGACUUGGCGUCGUUGAUAUUUACCCAUCGAAAAACACCAAACAACUUUUGUCACGGGCGGUGCCGAGAAUCAAAAUUAUCCAGACGUCUCUCAACAGCUGGCAGAUCCCGCCUCGCACUCAGCACACCUCAACUUCAGAAGGCCACAAUGCAGUUACAACCCUCAAUUACUUGACUCAUAUGUAUUACUACGCAGCGGAAGUAGAUCUAUCCCAAUUUGCAGCAUUUGUACCUGAAGAGACCAUGUUUUAUGCCGGCGACUCAUACAAAAAUAUGAUCCUCACCUCAGUGAAAACCUCACCGAUGGCGUCGAAGGAUUAA